AUGCAGACUUGUGCAGCACUCAACCACAGAGGUGACAGCAUCGCUUUCGUUCGCGAAACCUUCUUAGGGUUGCACGAUGUCCGAACUGGUCGUGUACAAUUGAAGAACAUUAGACCGAGCCUCCAUAAGAUCAAACCCAAGGCGUUGAAAUGGUCCGAUGACAGUGGAUCAAUACUCAUCCUCGGGGACAACGGCAUCAAAGUUGAAAAUGUCGCCAAACGCCCAGGGACCAUCGCUGACCUCGACAAUGGGUCAGGAGGGUUUGGCCAUAUUGUUGCCGCCGAAUUUGUCGGCAAGGAUGAGAUUGUCGUGACAUGGGAGUUUGGCAAGACUAGAAUUUGCCAUUUACGGACGGGAAAGCAUGUGGAGCUCCCAGAUGCCAAAAUGAUAGGGAGUGGACAAGUCAGAGCACUGCGACCAACGACGAAAGAGAACAGCACGGCGACACUGCUCGUGCUGCUGUCACGAUCCGGUGCCGAAGACGCACUUGCUCGAUACUUUACCGGAACAUUCCUGCCGCGUGCUUCAAUAAAACUCGCCACCACAGAUGCACAGUCACUAUCAUGGUCGCCCGAUGGUCGAUGGCUUGCGGUCUUGGACGUCCCAUCUUCAUCUCCAAGCAUCCACAUCUACACGCCAGAUGGACACCUAUUCCGGUCAUACUCGUCACCAAAUGAAGAGAACGGAGAAUUAGGCACGAAAUCUGCAUCCUGGUCUCCAGAAAGCCGAUUGUUAGCACUUGCCAAACACGACAACACCAUCGAGUUGUUAAAUACGAAAACUUUUACCCCUGUUGCCAUCCUCCAACAUCCAAUCAGCAUUGACCAAAAGCUUUUGUCGAGCGAUUCGCAAGUUCCCGUAUGGCAGGAAUCUGUGUCGGCAGCGAAUGUCCGGACAUACUCGCUGAUGCCGCACCCAGUAUCACCUCCUCUCUCAAAAGCAAGGUCGAGCACCGAGCCCGACGAGCUUGGUAUCAGCGAGUUAUGUUUCAAUUGUGACGGCUCUUACAUUGCAACUCGUGAUAAUCGGUCGCUCAGCACAACCUGGCUUUGGAACGUCACAAAUUAUUCACUCCACGCCGUCGUCGUCCUCCACAAUAACGUUCGAAAAUUGCUCUGGCACCCGACAAGGACUCACACUUUGAUGAUCGAUUGUGGAGAAAGUAUGGCACACAUCUACGAUUUAUCUUCACAGGAGGGGCCGCAAGUGGUUCUCACCGAGUGCAAACCCAAGGCGACAUUGACGUGGCUCUGGACACAACCCGAAUCAAAAGCUAUAAUUCUCGCGACUGAAAAGCUAAAAUUUGCACUCGUAUACCCCGAAGGACAAGAUGAUCAAGCAACCCUUCCUCCUCCGAUUGAGCCGAACAACUUGGAAGAUUCCUUCUACGAGGACGGAGCAGAAGACUCCUUGCUCGAAAUUCUCUCUGGCCGAAAACCCAUCCACCCGAAGACUGAGCCCUCGUAUACUGAGAUGGUCGAUGAUCUGGUCGUCGAAGCUGCGACGUCGGAGGAGCUAGACGAUACUUUCCGCGAGAAGAAGCAGAGAGCAAACGUCAAACCAGACUUCGACCCACUUGACGAUAGCCAGAUUUUCUAA